AUGCCAUCUGGACCACCUCAAGGUGGAGGUGGUACCAUUGCCCUAAAUACUCUCAUUGAUUAUAUCAUUCAAAGAACCUAUGCAGAAAUGACAGUACUCUCUGAAUUAUUGCCUAGAAAGUCGGAUAUGGAGAGGAAAAUUGAAAUUGUACAGUUUGCUCAGAAAACACGUCAGUUAUUUGUCCGCCUUCUGGCCCUUGUGAAAUGGGCAAACAGUGCCAGCAAAGUGGAUAAAUGUGGAGAAAUUUGUAAUUUUCUAGAACAACAGUCGUUACUGUUUGUUGAAACUGCUGAUAGUAUGGCUCGCAUGGCAAGAGAGACUUUAGUUAAUGCCAGAUUGCCCAACUUUCCUCUUCCAUAUGCUGUUGAUGUACUGACAACUGGCACUUAUCCUCGUUUGCCCACCUGUAUUAGGGACAAAAUUGUUCCAGCUGACCCCAUAACUGUGACAGAGAAAAGACUUACCUUGCAGCGACUGAGCCAAGUUAUUCAGUACCGACUGGUAUGCAGUGAAUUACCACCACAGAUGAGAAGAUUAAAAAUUGAAAAUGGAAGAGUGAAAUUUCUUGUAGAACAUGAAUUUGAGGUAACCUUGACUCUUAUGGGUGACAGUCCUACAAUUCCUUGGCGUCUAUUAGAUAUUGAUGUGUUGGUAGAAGAUCACCAGACUGGAGAUGGGAAAGGUUUGGUUCAUUCAUUACAGGUAAAUUAUAUUCACAGAUUGGUCCAGUCUCGGCUACUAGAUAAUGAGAAACCCCUCCAUGAUCUUUAUCGAAUGCUUCAUUCUUUUUGCUUAUCUCUGCAACUUGAAGUACUACAUUCACAGAUUCAACGUCUGGUGCGAGAACGGCUUGGAGAUAGCGUUCGAGUGGAAGAAUACACUGCUGGCAAAUGUCUAUUUGUCUCUUAUUGGAGGGAUCAACUGAAAAAAGAAAAAGAUGGUACUGUGUACAAAUUAAGUGUCCAUGUGUCUGAGGAUGAUGAGGGGAAGCCGUUGCAGAUCAGUCAUACUCCUGUCAUGACUGCUGAAGAAAGUCGUAAAGUGGGACUGGCUAUCAGAAAUGAUCAUCUGUCUAUUGAGAAACUCCUUAUCCAGACCAUUGAAGUGCGCACACAUGCAAGAUUAAAAGAACUUGCCAAGGACCUCCAGAAAUAUGUUGAUGGUACCUGUGAAAUAAAAGAUGUUCCUGCAGUGCUUCAUGUUCCAGUGUUGAAUCCAUACACAUCUGCUGAGAUUCUGCGUGUAGCUGUGGACAUCCAGAGAGGAACUUUUCUUACAUCAGUGCCAUGUUCCGAUCAUCCUGUAAUACAGGAAAUUGAAGAAAAUUUAAAUGGAGACAAAAGAAACAUUGAUAAACAAAUAGCUAAACUCAGGUGUGAACUUGCCUUGCUACGAUGUGAAAAGUCUGUACAACAACUGCCUGCUAGCAGCCAUCGCCAACUACCCUUCAUCAACCUCAGUGGCAACCCUCUUGAAAAUCUAUCCAAAUAUAAGCUGUUUGUCAGAGUCCCAAAGCAAACAAAUUUUGCUGUAAUUGUUGAAGUUGAUGAUAUGCCUCCUAAAUCCUUUGUAUAUAAAUAUUACCUGCUUGAAAUGGUUGCUGCCAGUGCAGAGACGAGUGACAACACUCUCGUGGAAGACACUAGCCCUGUAAAACCAUUCCUUAGAGCUAAACAUUUGACACCAAUAAAUAUCUUCUCUCUCACACAUGGUCCCUAUGCAACUGUCUUUUCUGAAACAGAUGAAACUGAAUUGGACAGCUUAUCUAGAAAGCGAAAGCUGUUAUUAGGUGAUCAAGAAGGAAGUCCACCAAAAAUCAGAAAGGAGUCUCCAUAUUUUGUAUCUCCUUUAGCAUUCCUGUUGGCUCAUUGUGAAGAAAAACUUCCAUUUGUUGCACUUACAGAAGAACUUACCAAACAUGGUAUUUCCCAUCAAGGUGUCCAGGUAGAUGGAGAAGGCAGCUGCAUGACUCUGAAUAUCAUGGAUUUGCCCGAUUGUGAAGGUUGCAGUCCGAGCAAUAUGCAAACUCUCAAGAAUAAUCUACUGACUUGCAAGUUUAGGAUACAAGUACGUCCAACAAGAAAUUGGAUUGUGGAGUUUGUUUUUACUAACUGUCCCUUAAAAAGUACCAGUCAGAAAGAACAAGGUCCAGUUCAACGAGUUUAUUUCUCAUUUGACCUAAAUACUGACCAAGCUAGUAAGACUGUUCAAGAUCUUCUUGAUGAGUGGACCAUGGUAGCUAAUCUUUAUAAUGCUGUCACUAAUUUUUCACAUUUCUUUAAUGACAAAAGAACUGGUAUUCAGGAUCUUAUUGAAGUGAGAUCUUACAACUACAAGAAACUCACCAUUGUUUAUGGAGCUACUCGUACAAGUCUGGUGAACAUAAUGUGGAAAGUGGAUACCAAAUUGUUUCAUCUGACCCUUGGUACAUGUGGACAAAAUGCAACAACCAUAAAUCCUCAUGUCUUGAUGCUUACCCAGCUUCAGGAAGAACUCAACAACACUAACAGCCCUGAUGCUAUUGCCAAUCUAGUCCAGUUGUUGAAUGACACUUGGAGUCCAUUAACAUCCAUCAACAAAUUGACCACUUCUCCUAUAUUUGGAGCAUCUACAUACCCAAAACAGCCAAUGCUGAGCUUCACAGUCAUUCCACAAUCAGCCACACAUGUGAGGAUAUCUUUUCGAAAUGUGAGUUGUGUGGAUGUGCAUUUCCGUGCUGGCAAGAUGGUUGCUGUUCGUGAUGGUGCCAUCAGCCUGUUUGACACAAGCAAAGUUAUUGAUGGCUUUAGUCCAACUCCAGGAUUGAAAGCUUUCUUGAACAUGUUUGUGGAUGAAACAGUGACUGGCAACCACCCUCGUCGCCGCUCUACUACAGAUGAGGAUCAUUCACUUUCCCCUGUGGGAAUUGAUCCAAUGGAUAUUUUUCUACCCCAGAACCCUUCUGUAGGUUCUCCAGCAUCUCGACCACGUCAAGAUAGCAAUCUGCGCUUUCCAAACCCUAUGACUCCACCUUCUAAUCCACAUACUCCCGCUUCGCCCAGUGCCUCCAGAAUAUCAUCAGGAUAUGCAUCCUCUCCUGCUGCUGCUUUCUCCCUUUCUUCUCCACCUUCACUGCCCACCCAAGUGUCUCAUAGUCCAUCUGCUGCUCUGAUUAGUACCCCAUCACCUGGUACUUUAUUGGUACAGAGUGGAUCUCCAGGUAACCCACAGCUACAUGUCCCAUCUCCUGGGUCCUUUGUCCCAGCUCCUUCACCACAGUCUCUUGGUAUUCAUCUUUCAUCACCUGCUGGACCAUUCAUCACUCCCCAAGGCAUGGUUGAUGGAGGUUCACCUUUUACAAUGCCAUCCCCAGGCACACGGAAUUGGCCUGGUUCACCUUCUGUACAGGGCCCUUCACCUGUAUCUCGACAUGGAACUGCUACUUCUCCUGGUCAUCCAGCUUUACAUUCUCCACAAACUCAGGUGAAGGAUUCUGAACAUUCAAAAUCCUCAGUUGUAAGCCCUCCUCCUCGUAUGCUUUCUCAAAGGUCAUGGGCUGCAUCCAUCCCUACCAUUUUGUCCCAUGAUGCUUUCAAUAAACUACUUAGCCCAUGUUUGCUACCAGGAAUGAAUUUCUUGCCUGCAUCACCAUUGGAACGCUUUCUUGGUUGUGUUUAUUUCCGGAGACAUCUGCCCAGAGUUAUGCAAGGUGAAACUUCGUUACAAUCAAUGCAGUCCAACGAACCAGGUGUAAAUGCAUUUAAAGUAGAAAGUUUGCAAUUUCGAGUGAGCCUCAACCCAAACACAUUACAGUCUCUACAUAUUAAAGUGACGCCCACUCUUGAAUACCAAGACCAAUGGACAGCUGAAGAAAUUCAAAUUUUAGAAAAAUUCUUUGAUCUGAAGGUAGCAAGCCCACCUUACAAAGUUAAUGCAUUGACUGCUUUCUGUAGGCUGUUAGGUGCCCCAGCUCGUAUACUCAAAGAUUGUCUACAAAUCAUGAGGCUAGAAUUGAUGCCUGACCGGAACCUGAAGUGGUCGGUGCAGUGGUGCUUGACCAUCCCUCCUGGCGCCCAUCCCAUCAGUGCACCGGCAGGAACACCGGCCGUUGUUGUGAAAAAUAAAAUGAUUAUCAUGCUGCAGUUGACACGCAUUGGCCUGAUGCUGUCUUCCAAUUCGGAACCACAAUCUGUGAUCAUCCCACUGCUCUAUGAUAUCACUGCCAACACAAUCCAGCCGGUGGAGGCCCGCCCACCAGCCCCGCACACUCAGACACCUGCACAAAUGGCCAUUGUGUCGAUGUUGAGACGCUUUGCUGAGCUGCACCAGAAUCCAAGUGAGUGUGCCAUCUUCCCAUCUGUACGUGAACUGAUGACAAAUUUGGUCAUUCCCAUUCAACAAUAG